CCGUCGGUGCGGAAGCUACCAGCCGCUUCGCUCGAUAUGCGCAAUACGCGCGAUAACAUGAAGCGCACCGCAAGCACACCCACGUAGCGCUGUUAUCGCGCAGCUAUUGAAAGUGCAGCAUUAUCAGGUAUGCUGUUAUCGCAUGUGAACCUCAGCUCGUCGGGAAAGCAGCAGACCGACGCGAUGUCGGGCGCCGUGCGGGCCACACGGGAUGAGAUUAUCCUGGAAGACUUGGCCAGAGCACGUGAAGAUGGAUCGGCAGUGGCACCUCCGAGUUCAGGACCCAGGCUCAACGGUGACAGCAUGGCGGUGCCACGACGUAACAUGUUCUGGACUCAGCUCAUGGCCCUGAUAUGGCGAAACUACUUACUCAAGAAGACGGAGAAGGCCAAGACCUUCUGGGAGGUGGUGAUGCCGCUGCUCAUGGUGGCCUCCCUGAUGAGCAUCCGGAGCGGGCUCAAACCCAGCUCCAAGCCCGCGCACUACACUCCCGUGGGCCACGUGCGGCUGGUGACGCCGUCGCACCUCGCCCAGCUCACCACCGAGAUCAUGGCGGCGCCGUCGACGCCGCAGACUAGGCAAUUCAUGCGCGACGUCGUCAACUUCCUCAACGCCAACACGUACACCGUCGGGUUCAACUUCUCCAUGUACAACUCCUCCAAGGACAUGGAAGCGGCAUUCCGGCAAAACUCGACGCGGUCCUUAGUGGGCGUGGUCUUCGAAGGCGAUGACCUAACCAAAAACGGCUCCUACCAGCUGCGUUUUCCCCUUCGGCACCUGCCCUCGCCUGAGCUGAAGAACGUCGGCAUAGAGAUGUGCCGGAUAAAACACUUCGUGCACUCGUCUGACACGACGCUGUGCCCUGCCGGGGCCUACUACUCGAGCGGAUUCAGCGUUCUACAGGCGGCCGUCGACUACACAUUCAUCAAGCUGUGGACCAGCAAUGACGUGCGGCUGCCCGAAGUGGUGGUGCGGCUGCUGCCCAAGCCGGCCUACGUGGACCCCGGCACCACGUGGCGCACCCUGGUGCCGCUCUACCUGACGCUGGCCUUCUCGCCCUUCGUGUCCGUGCUGUGCGUCAACAUCGUGCUCGAGAAGGAGCGCAAGAUCAAGGAGGGCAUGCUCAUGAUGGGCAUGAUGCCGUCCGCCUACUGGACCGCCUGGGCCCUGGUCGAGGCCGUCGUGGUGGCCAACGUGGCGGCCAUCAUGACCCUCAUGGUGUACGUGCUGCACAUCCUGCCCAACACGGACAUCUCCAUCGUGUUCGUGCUGUCGCUGCUCUACGGACUGACCAUCGUCAUGUUCAGCUUCAUGGCGACGCCCUUCUUCAACAAGUCCAAGGUGGCCGGCUCCGUGGUGGGCCUGCUGAUGCUCGUCUUCAGCUUCUUGUACAUGCUCGCCGUGUUCCUCAAGAACCGCGUGCCCACGUGGGUCUUCUACACGGUGUCGCUGCUGUCGCCCGCCGCCUUCACGCUGGGCGCGGAGAAGGUGAGCCAGAUGGACGUCAGGGGCGGCAUGCACUGGAGCGACCUGUUCGAGGACAACUUCUCCGUCGGCAGCGCCAUUAUCAUGCUCAGCGUGGACGUGUUCCUGUACGGAUUCCUCGCCUACUACUUCGACGCCAUCGUGCCAGGCGAGUUCGGCCAGCAUCGCAGCCCGUGGUUCAUCUUCCGCUGGUUGUGCUUUGGCCGAGGCGGCAAGUCGACCGAGCCGGACGACCUGGUCAAGCCGGAGAACACGCCCUGCCCCGACGUCGAGGACCGGCCGGCGGAGCUGCUCGGCAGGGAGGCCAUCAAGGUGCAGGGCCUUCGCAAGGUGUUCACCUCGUGGCGCAAGGGCCCGAUUGUGGCCGUGGACGGCGUGAGCCUGACCAUGCACGAGGGGCAGAUCGCCGCGCUGCUGGGUCACAACGGCGCCGGCAAGAGCACGCUGCUCAACAUGCUGGUGGGCACGCUCAAGCCCACCGCGGGCUCGGCGCGCAUCUACGACCUGCACACCGACAGGCCCGAGGACGUGGCCCAGAUCCGGGCCAUGCUGGGCGUCUGCCUCCAGGAGGACAUCCUGUUCGACACGCUCACGGCCCGCCAGCACCUGCGCUUCUUCGCCCGCAUGAAGGGCGUCCCGACGACCAGCAUCGACCUUGAGGUCAAGAACAUCCUGCUGGAGUUGGACCUAGCGGAGAAAGCCGACGUGCAGGCCAUCAAGCUCAGUGGAGGGCAGAAGCGGAAGCUGUCCGUCGGCAUCGCCCUCAUCGGGGACCCUAAGAUCGUGUUCCUCGACGAGCCGAGCAGCGGCAUGGACCCGUACUCGCGGCGCCACCUGUGGAGCGAGCUGCAGAAACGCAAGGAGGGCAAGGUCAUCGUGCUCACCACGCACUUCAUGGACGAGGCCGACAUCCUCGCAGACUGGAAGGCUAUCCUGUGCAAGGGCAAGCUGCGGUGCGCCGGGACAUCACUCUUCCUCAAGAACCGGUUCGGCAUUGGCUAUCACCUCACCAUGGUGGUGGACCAGAGGACAGACAAGGCCCAUAUUGGCCAGCUGGUGCAGCAGUUCGUGCCCAGCGCGACGGUGUACCGCUCGACGGGCACCGAGCUGGCCUUCAUCCUGCCCAUGGACUCGACGUACAACUUCGCCAACCUGUUCGCCGCCGUCGAGGAGGCCAUCGCCGAGGGGACGAUGGGCGUGCGCAGCUACGGCAUCUCCAUGACGACGCUCGAGGAGGUGUUCCUCAAGAUGGGCGAGGUGGAGAGGCCCGACGAGGUGCACCUGCGGGACAUCCAGACGGACAUCGUCAACUCGGCCGUGCGGAACGCACCCCCGCCUACGAAGAAAGCGCCUUCUCCAGGGGAAGCAGUUGGCUCCGUCUCCUCUACGCCUCGGCAGCACAAAACGACUCGGCACUCUGGCGCCUCCGCCAGCCCUGCGGCAUCCAACGGGCGUCAGACCAGCUACCAGAAGGAGAUCGAAGAAAUGGAGCUGCUCAAGGCCAACAAGGAGACCAUGCCCGUCAGCACGGUGGAGCCCAACGCGCUGCAGGCAUUCAUGGCCUUCUUCAAGGCCCGGCUGCUGCUCUUCGUGCGCGCCCCGAUGCACGUGGUACCGCUGGUGGUGCUGCCCGUGAUCAUGGUGUUGCUCAGCUACUGCUUCCUCAGCAAGAGCGAGGUGCCCGUCAACCGGCUGGGACUGUUCACGCCCGACUUCUACCCGGAGGCCCGAGUCAUCGAGGCCUACAGUGCGGCACCCAGACAGAGCGAGCAGGUUCGACUGUACGAGGAGGCCAUGCGCAAGCAGAACAUGAACAUCUCUUGGAGAAACAACAGCGUCACGCUCGACAACGUCACCCCCAACACCUACUACGCCUCGGUGCCCGAGAACCUUGGCGGGGACUACAAAUACACCAACCCGCUGACGCUGCUGAUCAACGACUCGCACGUGCACACGCUGCCCAUCCUCCAGUCGCUGACGUACAACGCGCUCUACGCCGCCCUGGAGAAGAACGAGUCGGUGCUCGACGAGCGCCGGCUCAGGGUCUCCUCGUACCCGUGGCCCCAGCGCGGGGUCGACAAGGUGUUCGACGCGCAGCUCUACACCUGGACCAUGAUGAUGAGCGUCGUGCUCGCCUACAUGCCCUCGCUCAUCGCCGUCGAGGUGGUCGAGGACCGGCAGAACAAGGUGAAGAACCAGCUGCGCGUGUCCGGCCUGCUCUUCUGCGGCUACUGGUCCACGGUGCUGCUGAGCCACGCGGCGCUGUACCUGCUGUCCGUGCUGCUGACGGUGCUGGCCCUGGUGGCGCUGCAGGUGCCCUUCCUGACGGAGCCCGUGGCCCUGCUGGCCAUCGUGUCGCUGUUCCUGCUCUACGUGCCGGCGUCGCUCGUCGUGUGCUACGUGCUCACGCACCUCUUCAACAAGCACGAGACGGCCAAGGGGGUGCUGCCCUUCCUCGCGCUGCUGUGCUCCAUGUUCCCAGCCGUGCCGGUGACCAUCCUGGACAUGAUGGGCUCGUCCCGAAGCGCCACGGCGUUGCACUACACCCUCUGCCUGCUCGUGCCCUUUUACAUUCCUAACGGUGGCCUCUACUACAUCACCAAGACGUCGGUGGUGAUCGAGACGAAGCUGUCGAACGGCUACGAGGCGGACAAGUGGAUGUACUUCGACUGGGACAGCAACAUCCUGGUGACGUACGUGGCGUGCGUCAUCCACAUGCUGGCGUACUACUUCCUGCUGCGCAUGGCCGACAUCGGCAAGGCCGGCGGACGCAUGGCGGACGCCUUCUGGAUCACGCGCCGCAUCAUCGACAUCACGCCCAACGGCGACCUGCCCGAGAAGGAGGACGCCGACGUCAAGGCCGAGCGGCAGCGGGUCUCGCAGAUGGACAUCAGUCUCAUGCCCAAGCCUCCCGUGGUGUACGUUCACGAGCUGCGCAAGGUGUACGAGGAAGGGGCCCGGUGCCGGCCGCGCAACCACGUGAAGAUCGCCAUCCGCAACCUGUCGAUGGCCAUCGACAAGGGCGACAUCUUCGGCCUGCUGGGACCCAACGGCGCCGGCAAGACCUCGACCAUGAAGGUCAUCGUGGGCGAGGAGAGCCCAUCCAGCGGAAGGGUCGCCGUGGGAGGCUUCGAGAUCACCUCCAACCUGUGCCGGGCCUUCAAGAUGCUCGGCUACUGCCCGCAGCACGACGCCCUCUGGAACAACCUGACCAUCCGCGAGCACCUGCAGCUUUUCGCGUCGCUCAGGGGCAUACGCUACAACGAGAUCGAUUCCGUCACCGACUGGCUGAUGGACAAGCUGAACAUCCGCGAGCACGCCGACAAGCGCGCCAAGCAGCUGUCUGGCGGCACGAAGCGCAAGCUGAGCUACGCCAUCAGCAUGCUGGGCAAGCCGCGCAUCGUGCUGCUGGACGAGCCCUCGACGGGCAUGGACCCGCAGUCGAAGCGCUUCCUCUGGGACACCAUCUGCUCGACGUUCCCGCAGGGCGGCGAGCGGGGCGCCCUGCUCACCACGCACUCGAUGGAGGAGGCGGACGCGCUGUGCACCAAGGUGGGCAUCAUGGUGCGCGGCGCCCUGCGCUGCCUCGGCUCCACGCAGCACCUGAAGAACCGCUACGGCGCCGGCUACACGCUCGACAUCAAGAUGCAGCGCCAGGAGGGCGCCUGGGAGAAGAACCUGAGCGACCUCAAGGGCCACGUCAAGCGGGUCUUCCCGUCGGCCACGCUGCGCGAGGGCUUCCAGGACCGGCUCACCUACGACAUCCCGCAGGCCGGCGUCACGUCGCUGGCCAACGUGUUCGUCGCCAUGGACGAAGCCAAAGCCAAGUUUUCUAUAGAAGAGUUCAGCUUCAGCCAAACGACGUUAGAACAGGUGUUCCUGGGAUUCGCCAAAGAGCAGGAGCUCGCGCAAGAAGACGAAGACGUCCAGAUUCAUGCCUGAAAAGAGAGAGUGUGUGUGUGUGUUUCCUUUGUGUGUGCGCCCCUCCCCCCUCCUCCUCUUCUACUUAUGUUCCAUCGUUUUCACUUUGACGCUGCCUCUUGUGCUCCGAGUUGGGAUGCCUCAUCGCUGCAUUCGCAAAGAAUAAAUCAUGCGCAUGUCAUUGCCACGCCACAUCCCA